AUGAGUUGAGGCACUGUGCGCUAGACACAACUAAACCCCGAACCGAGAACCCGUUCUGGGGGCGGCAGUGCGCUCGUUGCCUCGGUACAGAUCGGUCAUUCGGACCCGCGGCCCGGUCCCUUCGCGUGGUUUCGCCUUUCCGCUCCGCUAGCCUGUGUGCUCCGAAAGAGUGCUCGCCGAAGAAAGUGUCCAAUUCUUAUCGACGGUUCCCUGUAAAGAAGGGGAAGAAGCGAAAUGUUGUGAUACGAUCCGGCGACCGCUACUCCACUCUAUCAUCACGAUCAUUACCUUUCAGCCUACGUAGUGCGGAUCGGCCUACCUUCUGUCUAAAUAUCUCUUUUCUGGGGCGCAACCGUAGUGCAACCGGGCGGUAGUGUUUUAUAACCGUGUUCAUCGUGUCCUCUCUAACCUGUGCAUUCAGCAGCCGCAAGACCAGCAGCCAUUAAAUCGGCUAAUAAGCUCUCGUAAGCCCAGCUGGUCCGAGCUUGUGGACGUCACCGAACGCAGCCACUGGAGACAUCGAUAAUGGAACGUCUGCCGCGCGGCUAGGGCUCCACGAUCCGUAGUUCUAUACGGAGCAAGGGAACCGGGGCGGGCGCGACAACAAGUGUAAGAGGCUCUAGGUUCGGGCGAUUGGCCACUUCGACGCAGGCUCAGCAUAAUUACUGGGUGGACGAGUUAUGACGAAAGCUACAACGCCGGGCCACCACCAUGCAGCAGCAGCACCGGGAGUGUACGAAAGGCGAAGGUAUGCACCGGUCCCGGUGGCGGGGCUGGUGCUGCUCGUCGCCGGGUUGGUGGUGUGUGGCCUGCCCGACCCCUGCAGCGGCCAGCGCGAGUCACAGCUGCGGCUGGGCAAGGCGGUAAACGUGUUCCUACGCUACGGCUAUCUCUCGAUAUCGAUGAAGGUCAUCUCGUACAACGACAGCGAGCGCUGGCUGUUCAAGGAGCCGACGAACAACAUCUUCAAGGGACUCGAUCUGCUCAAGACGGAAGAGUACGAGGUGAAGCCGGGCAUCUUCAACGGUGACUUCCACAUGGAGUUCUGCGACAACCGGCGGCAGCUGUUCCAGGCGUACUUCCGCGACUUCCAGAUCGAGCGGCUCGACAGCCCGUGGCGGGCGUACACCGAGGGCUGGCACCCGGAGGUGGCGGCCAAGAAGCUAGGCAUCCAAAGCAAGUACCUCGAGCGGGACGACUACUGCUACGUUUUGGUGCGCGUGUCCCGCUUCCGGGACAGUGCCCGGUUCGCGAAGCCGAUCCCGCCGAACCAGACGCUCGAGCCGGAGGUGUCGCGCAGGGUGCAGAGCGUCAGCGUCGGCGAUACGACGUCGGCGGUGCAGUUUAUGAACCGCUACGGGACGCACUACAUCAAUGCGUACGUCACCGGGAACUCGCUCUAUCAGGUGUUCGUGUUCAAUAAGCGCAACUACGCGCACGUGAAGGAGAAGCUGAAAACACGGGGUGUCCUCGCGCUCUCGCGGGUGGACCUGCACGAGCACUUUGCGCCCUGGUACGUGGAGCACAUGGGCAAGAUACGGUGCGCCAGUGGGAACGCGACGGUCGAGGCCUGGGCCGCCCGGAAGCUGCGGCUCUCGUACUACGUGUUCACGUACAGCAGCCUACUGAAGCUGCACGGCGACGGGGCGCUGCUGCGGAUACUGAGCGAGCUGCUCCAGAACGAGGCCAUCCUGCAGCUGGAUCUGCGCUCGCUGAGCGUCAUCUUCAAGGAUCCGGCCAAACGCGCCUGGUACGAGGAGAUCCUGGACAACUAUCUCAAACUGUGGGAAGUCAACAUGUAGCCGUGGUGAGCCGUGUCCUCGGCCUCCCCGACACAGUCGAACACUAGUGUUAUCAGUGGCAGACCUAGCGAAGGACGGAAGGCGGCCGUCGGUGCCGCACGUGGCCGCAGCGCUGCUAGUGUGCGUCUGUGAGCGAUGCAUUUCUGGGUAUCGUGCGAAGUCCGGAGUCCACUGUAGACCUGGUGCAAAACGCUACGAAAUCCUCCCCGCUGCUCCAGUGAUGUGUGCAAGAAUGGUGUGAAAUGGCCUAUCCUUUGUGGCGUGCGACGUGUCUGCAGGGCGUCCGUCAACCCCCCCGAGAAGCCGUGGUGGGACCCGUGGAUGAUUAGGUGCAAAUUUAUCGACAUAAGGCUAGGUUAAGGGUAGCUGUUAGCGUUGGGACCAGGAUGCAAGUGUAACCCACAAACUCACGCGCGCACACACACCCACACAAACACCCUUGAGGCAUCCACUACCCACUUCACUACUGUACUACUUCCACAUGCUGUGAUAGACUUAGCUAAUAGAGUGUUUGCCAGGAUGGGAGGGAUAUCGAUCAAGCGCGAAACCGAUCAAGCGCGAAUAGAGAUAGAGAACGAGCAUACUCUUGUCGGAAAGAGAAGAUGUUUGCUUAGUGUUUUAGUUUGUGCCUCGUGUGGAGUACCGGCAGCGUAUGGCCACAACGGGCUGCGGGCAACUAGUGUAACAGGACGAGGACCUUGUGCACAGUGCACAUGCGAAAGAAGCGCGGCGCAUUUCCCAAAAAGGAAGAUCGCGCUCAUGGCGCUUUAGUGACGAGAAACGUCGAUCGUUCGAUUUUAAAUCAACUAGUGAUAGGCAUAUUUAAGUGGACAGUAAAUAAAAAGAACCAAGCUUUAAACGUACGUUGGUUGAUUUUGGUUGGUUUUGUAACACGUCGUAAGUAAGCAAAGGGUCGAUAAUUUCAAAAUGAUCCACUUUCUAUUUAUUCACUGUUUCUCGCACGCACUAUAUACUUUCACUAAUAUCA